AGAAACACUGGGCUGAUUGACUAUAGGAAUCACUCUGGUUGUUUUAUCACUAACUUGUGUGGCUGCUGCGAGAGAACGGAUAAACGAAAGAGGCAAAGACGCUAGCAGACAAAGUGACCCGUCAGUCUGAUCAUGCAGUGCUCGCCGGAUCCCGAAGAUCUACUCAUUGUGCCGACGCACGAUAUACCAUCCUAUGAUGAAAGUUUGGAUCCAUUCGGGCCAGAAGGCCAUUUGUCCUUGGACAUUGACUGCUUUUCGAAGUUUAUGUCUCGUUCAGACAAUCGGAUUAUGUCCAAGCCAAUUAUCGUUCGUGGCAUCCCUUGGCGUAUUCUAGCCAUUUGCAGAGGUUCCAGAAAUCAACAAGGAAGUCGGCAUUCGAUGAACUCUCGUGUCAACCGCAGCAAUUUUAACUUCGGGUUCUUUCUGCAGUGCAACAAUGAUGAGUUGCUGCAGAAACGUGGAAUGUGGCGAUGCUAUGGAACGGCCGUUUUGGAAGUUCUUAAUGCGGAUGGUCCAUCGAUUCAGAAAAAGAUUCAUCAUUCAUUUCACAAUACGGAGGUUGAUUGGGGAUUUUCAAAUUAUGACCAGUAUGACACCCUGUGCAACCCCAAAGAUGGAUACGUAGUGAAUGACACUAUCAAAUUGAGAUGUCGUUUCACUGCUGAUGUUCCGACUGGAGCCAACUAUAUGUGGGAUAGCAAACGGCACACUGGUUGCAUCGGAUUAAGAAACCAAGGAGCCACUUGUUACAUGAACUCCAUAUUGCAAUCAUUCUACUUCACCACAGGAUUCAGACGCGCUGUCUACAACAUGGAUGUAGGAACAGAGCCGAAUGAGAGCAACAUUGUGCUUGCAAUGCAGAGAGUUUUCUAUGAACUCCAGAUGGCUAGUGAAGCUGUCGAAACGAACAGUCUCACGAGAGCUUUUGGAUGGGAUAAGCUUGAUGCGUUCAAUCAACAUGAUGUUCAAGAGUUUUGUCGUGUUCUUCUUGACAAUCUCGAAACAAAGAUGAAAGGAACAUCCGAGGAGAAGUCAAUCCCAAACUUAUUCAGAGGAAACAUGAAGUCAUAUAUCAAAUGUCUUGAUGUGGACUAUGAAAGUUCGCGGACUGAAUCAUUCUACGACGUACAGCUCAAUGUACUUGGGAUGGAUAGCUUGGAACGUGCAUUCGAAGCUUACACAACAUCAGAAAUCCUCGAUGAUGAGAACAAGUAUGAUGCUGGAGACCACGGACUACAAAGAGCGGAAAAGGGAGUAAAAUUCGUCGAGCUUCCACCAAUCCUGCACGUUCAGCUCAUGCGAUUUCAAUAUUGCGGUGUCGAACAAAAGAUCAACGAACGGUUCUCAUUUCCGGAGAAAAUGAACUUGGCAUCUUGUUGCGAGUUAGGACCAAUGCUCACCGAAGAAGACUGUGUGUACAGUCUCCACGCGGUUCUUGUUCACAGUGGAGAGUUCCAUGGAGGUCACUAUGUCACCUAUAUCAAUGUCAAUCUUCACGAAUCGGCCGUCGAUCCAACUUCAUCUGCUAAAUGGUGCAAGUUUGAUGAUGAUGUUGUUUCUAGAACAACAACAGAUGAUGCCAUCGUAAGCAAUUUCGGAGGAGAGAAGACAAUGAAUUCUUCGGCUUAUAUGUUGGUCUACGUCCGUGAUAACGCGAUUGAUCAAUUCCUUGCUCCAAUCCCAGACAGCCAGAUACCACAAUCUGUUUCUCGUACUUUUGAAAUGGAAAGGCUGCACAGAAACCGUGAGAAGAAAAAAUUGGAGGAAGAACAGCUGUGUAUGGGGAUAGUUCUUGUGACACCAGAUAUUGUUGCCUCUAAUCAUUCUUUCGAUCUUGUUGAUCAAUCCAUAGUCCAUGACAGUAUUCCACACGAGACUGUUUGGAAGCAUAUGUUCACCGCCGAGCUUUAUCAAUUUGUUCAUGAUAGACUUUUCGAGAAGAGCGCAAUGCAAAAAAUUGAUAUGUUCGAUUCGGAUGAUGAAGCUAGACAGGCACGGCGUGAUAAUCUUCGUCGCAUUAAAUCGAAAAAAUUCAACUUCCGUUUGUGGAGAAUGACAGAUUCAUAUUCAUUGGAAAGAACAACUCAGAAAUUGACUUCAAGACUGAGACCAUCGGAGUUCAUCGAUUGCAAAACUGAUACACGCCUUGAUACCUUGUUGAGCCAAGAUUUUGAAACUAUCUACGUUGAGUUCUCCAACAAUAUUGAACGCCCGCUUUGCGAAUAUGACACAGCAAGGGACCUUCUAUUUUUCGUAAAAUAUUACGACACAAUGACCGACAAGUUUACUAUCAUCGGCCAUACAAUGUUCGACUGUCACAAGCGGUUUAAUUUGUACAGAUCGAUGUUAUGUGAAAUGAUUGGGCUACCCGCUGACACGGAGUUGAAGUAUUAUAUGGAGCAUGCUGCGAGUUAUCUGGAACUGGUUGAUCUUACCCAAAAUUAUUCGAUCGGAAGACUCGUUGAAGAGCAAGACGGUGGUAUUCUAGUAGUUGAGAAGGUCGAGACAUCUACAUCCACACAAAAUGCCAAGCAGAAGAUGAAUGAACUUUUCCUCGACGUAGAAGUUGAAUUUGUUCAAUCGUUCUACAACAAAAAGCCGGAGGAAGAGCCAUUUGAACAAUUCGUCAAGAGAAUUUGUCUGGACGAUAAAUUAUUCACUGUAGCAGAGGAAAUUGGUGCAAGAUUGAAUGUAGACCCAAAGAAAGUACUCAUCUGGACACGUGUGUCUGGUUCUCGAUUCGAGCCAUUUUUCGAUGAUUACAUGUUAAACACAUGCAAAGGACUUAUGACAAGACCGGUACAUGAUCCCAGAGCCUACAAGAGGUAUCGUGUACAAUAUGCUAUCAUGCCCUUCGAUAUUGAUGAAAUCAGUAAGCACCGUAUUCAAACCAAACUUUUCUGGCAACUUCCAAAUGGACAUGUAGAAGAGCUAACACUGUUCCCAUUGAAAGAAGGAACUGUCAUUGAUAUUAUUAACGAGGCAAAACGAUACUAUCCAUUCGUAGAAGGAGGAUCAGGAAAAUUCAGGCUUCUACAAAUUGGGGCUCCCCCACUCAGUAAUCAACGUGUUUAUCAAAUUUACGGAGAAAACACCUUGAUUAGUGAUCUUGAUCAACGAACAAUGUACAAAUUGGUGAGUUCACAGGCUCUACAUUGCCGCCUUGAGGAGGUUCCGAUUGACGAAUUAGAUAUGUCACCUGGCGAGUUUCUAUGCCCAGUCGUCCAUUUUGAUCGAGAACCCACAAAACUUUUCGGACUCUCAUUUGUUAUCAAAAUACGUAACAAUGAGCUGAUGACAGAAGUACGGGAUCGUCUUCGUAGGAAAUUGAACGAUGUCUCCGAUGCUGACUUUGCCAAAUACAAGUUUGCAUUGCUUAGCAGAGAUAAACUUCAGCUCUGUCGUACCAUCGAAUUCAACAACGGCGAGAAAGUCAACCUGGCAGAUAUGGCAAAUCAAACAACUGGAGUUCCACAAGUGUACAUUGGUCUAGAUCACAAAUCACCCAUCCAACAUUCAAGUGAAGCUGCCAUCCGAAUCUUGAACUGAUUCAAACGGUUGUUAUGAUCGCCAAGUUUCUUUCCUCUCCCUGUGCAAUCUCUUUCUCUCUAUUUCUCUCUCUCUCUCCCCCUCUCUCUCUCUGUUUGAACCAAUACGAUCUGGCUGAUUCUAUCGUUUAAUUUUAUAAUCAUCCUUAUCACUAUUAUUAUUUUUAAAUUACAUAGCUCUAUCUUCGGGCUCAUCUUCCACUAUUCCUUUCUUCUAAUUCAUCGCCCAUUUUUUCUCGUCAUUUUCUUGUGUUCCUUUUUUGUUUACUAGUGGCUGUUCACAUCUGUAAGUUAUUUCCCGAAUCCCGACCCGUUCAAUAAAAGGUGCUGGCACCUUUCACCAUUCAUGAAGACCGUGUCGUGUUCUCAUUAUAAGAAUCCUUCCCAUACAACAACAUUUUUUCUGUAAAUGCUUCAACAUCAUUCUACUACACACCGUGUAGAAGUUUGACUAUGAAACUCGUAGAACUUUUGUCUCCAAUUUUUUAAAUAUAAAAUUAUGGAAGAUUUUUUUUCUCAUCCAAAGUUUAUUCCCACCUUUAAAAAACCUUCAAAGUAGUCCCCCUAAUCGCAGCCCGAAGAAAACUUUUAUACAUAAUUGUAGAUUGGAGGAAAAAUUAACUGCUUUGUUAUAUGAUUGUUUCUCAUAAUAAAUUGAGAACCUUGAACGAG